AAGGCACAGUCAGUCAAACUCAGACAGAGAAUCAAAGGACUUGUUUGUAGGCGCAGUACUGCGGUGCAUGCAGGUGGACCAAGCUCACUUUUUUGACUUUCUGUUUUGGAAACUUUUCGAGGUGCUCGCAGCUUUAUGCAAACUGUACCAGCAUCAGUGAAGAGCAACCUGAAAACGUUAUUAUUCAGUUGGUCUAGAAAUGAAUGCAUAGAUAAAGGAUACCCUCGCUCACGUCAGGGUGGUUCAUGACCAUGAAGUUGUGGUGUUCGCUGUCGAGUUCGGUUUUUGGCUAACUUACCUUAUUCGUCCACAAUGGAGCCCAGCACUCGCGGAACCGAAGAGCGGGUGAUGGUGCUCAACGCAGAUACCAAACGUGAUAGGAAAUGGUCUCAAAGAGAUGUUCACCAUGCGUUCACUGCUGACGGCCUCAACACGUGCUGGAAUGAGCUGGUCGCCGAUGGCGAGCUGGUUGAAAAGGCCACUGUCAUUGUGGCAUCCUAUCCUGAUGCGUCUGGCCCGGCACCCAACGAGGCAUCGUCACAACCUGCCACGCCGGUCACCGACUCGCCCAAGACGCUGCGGGUGGUGAGCGCGCUGUCGAACAGCAAGGAGAGCCGCAGUGCAAUGCUGGCCAGAUGGACGUGGGGCAAGGAGCCGACGGCGGCGCAGAUCCGCGAGUCUCUAGCGUCCCUGGUGCACGACCAGCGCUCCAUAGCCAGGUGGUCUGCAAAGAACACGCUCUGCCUGUCUCGGUUUGAGCGCCGACUCCACAUUGUCCACCGUAUGCUGCUUGCGUUCGCCAGGUGCAGCACAGCCAGCAAGGAGUCCAGUGGAGACACGGGAGGCAAACUGAGCUGUGUGGCAAGGAAGCAACCUGACACGGACCUGUCCCACGAGCAGAAGCUGGGCUUGACCGGCGCUCGGAUGGUCUUGAGCUUCAUCACUGUGAUGUUUCGACGGGCGUGGUCGUCGGAUGACGACAUCGAGAUGUGUGGUGAUCUUCUGGAGGAAGCGCUGGGAAUGCUGCAGACGCUGCCGGCUGCAUCUCUAUUCGAUAGAGACCUCUGCUCGCUAGUUUGGCAGCAAACGCUGGAGCGAGCGUGCAAGUUUCUAACGUCCGUGGCUUGCGGCACGGUGGGCAAAAGCACCAGCAUACCGGUGAGAGACCGAGAGCUGGCCAUCGCACUUCUGCUAGAGCUCGCCAUUCAGCUGGGAAGUCUGCCUCUGUUGCUGGACUGGAUCCGCGUGGCUCUGCAGCUCACCGGCAAGAAGCAGCUGCGCCUCAAGAGUGGCGAUAACAGCAGUGGCGAGAACAGAGAUAAUGUGUCGCCGCACACGACUGACGGUCCUGGUUCUGCUCCGCUAGUGCUUGUGUUACGACGCUUGGCCGAAGUGAAGCCAGGUCUCAGAACUAUACCUACCGAUGAGGAUGAUGAGGCCGUCAAUGCCACAAGCAUUUUCUUGCAGCAUGUCUCCUUGAGUCAAUAUCGCGCCAAUGCAGCCAUUCCGCUUGACCAGGCCGCAGUUAUUGCUUUGUCAUGCCUAGACAGGCUAACUACUCCGUAUUUAUCUGAACGUGGCAUGAAGUCGGCCAGCGCUGCAGUCGCCGAACAGGUGUACUCCUGGGGCUGGGUCGGCUGGGGGACGGCGCGCAGUCACCGCUCUCCUGAGCUUUGCCCCCUGGUGACCAAUGGAUGCAUUAUACAGAUUGCCUGCGCAGAGCGUAUCAUGCUCCUCGUUACGGACACUGGCCAAGUCUACACGAGUUCCUACGGACAACUCUGUGCAUAUGCUAACGCAAGUGACACCAAGGUUGUGCAGGGCCUGGAACACGAAACCGUCAAAGCAGUGGCAUGCAACCCCGAUGGCCGUCAUUUCCUUGCGCUGACCGUGGCCGGCAAGGUGUACUCCUGGGGUGCCGGCGAGUCUGGCCGACUCGGUCAUGGGAAAUCCGAUUCAUUGGACGUUCCACAGCAGAUCGAGGCACUGGAAGACGAGGAGAUUGUCAGCAUAGCCACUGGGUCCAAUCACAGUGUGGCGCUUUCUUCUGAGGGCAAGGUGUAUACGUGGGGCAGAGGCCGCUAUGGUCGCCUUGGUCACGGGAGCAGUGAUGAUAAGCUAGUGCCGACAGUGGUUGACUCGCUAACCGGGCACCACGUUGUGCAAGCUUCAUGCAGUAACAACGACGCUCACACUCUGCUCCUGGAUGAGCGGGGUCAAGUGUGGGCAUUCGGUGACGGUGAUUAUGGCAAGCUGGGGAUGGGCAACUGUGAGACAGUCAAGCAGCCUCGCCUGGUGGCGCGCCUUGCCAACAUCGCCGUUGCCAGCGUCCACUGUGGCCAGCAGAUGUCGCUGGUAAUCACCAAGUCGGGAAAGGUGUACACAUGGGGCUGUGGCCUAAUGUAUCGGCUCGGCCAUGGCAAUGAGAACACCCUGAACGUACCAACACUGGUGAAGGGAGAGCUGAGCAAUCGCUUUGUUGUUGCUGCCAGCAUCGGCCUGGCAUUCGUCAUCGUAGCCUGUCGUGAUGGCACCGUCCUGGGAUGGGGUCGUAACGAGCAGGGUCAGGUCGGGACCGGCACGUUUGAACGUGUGGAAACUCCGACAGUCAUCGGCGCUGUGUCCGGACAAGGAAUAACGCACGUUGCAUGCGGCCCAAUGCAGAGUGUGGUGUGGAGCGCUAGCACUCCGUGGCUGCCGAACUGCCGCCUGCCGUUCAUCAUGCAGCUGUCCGAGCCGACGUUCUCCUCUCUCAACUCGGCUCUGUACCAGGUCUGCGAAGGCCUGGAUAGCCCGGAGGUCUGGCCACCGCCGUCGCAGGAGCAGGAGUGUAUGGCAGUAUCUCUGCUUCAUCUCCUUGCCUUGCAGUUAUUCGCCAUGCAUUCGUCCAAUGAAGACCCAAGAGAGUUUGGUUUGGAGCCGAGCGGAAGUCUGCUUGCCUCCCUGAAGCAGCUCGCCCUCAAUCUGGCCACAAGUCCAGGUGUGCUGCGCACGGUGCAGAAAGCAGCGCAGCGUGUACUGUCCUGCGGGGUGAUGGUGCUGUUGCCCACUGAGAUACAGCUCUCUCAGGCUCUCUCCCGCCUUCUGCCCGAUGUGCCAAACCGGCGUUUGGUGAGUGGCAGCGGCAGCGCUGGAGCUGGCAGCAGCAGUAGUGAGAGCAUGAACACCGGCUCUAGUGCUGGCAGCGGCAGCAGCGGUGGCAGUGGCACUGGUGAUGAUGAUAGUACGAGCAACACUAGCAGCGCCGUGCCACUGCAUUCCGGCCAAGUGUUCAUGGUCAACUUGCUGGUCAAGACGCUGAAGGACAGGGGCAGCAUUGCUCGAAGCAUUGACGGGCUGGUCUUACAGAGCCCUGAAUCUGACAUGGACCCAGCACGUGUGGACGAUUCAUCCGAGUCUGUGUUUGAGUCUGAUAGCGAAUCUGGGUCGAGCAAGAAAGCAGCUGCGUUCUCCGGUCAUGAAAAAACUACUAAUGUUCCUCAUGCUGCUUCAGGAGAGAAGGCACACCCCGUGUCUGCCAGUGUCGGCGAAAAGGCUGAUCCGAAGAAGUCUGACUGCGUGUCAAUUCUCACUCUCGUCCAUCAACUGCUCAUCUAUUCCACACAGAAAGUGUGCCGGGCUCUCGGUGAACGCGGCAGAGACCUUUCAUCGGAAUUUUGCAACACAUCGGACGCAUCAUCUCUGGAUCUGGUGAAGUUCUUUCAGCGAACGUUGCUGGUUAAGUGGAUAGCAUUUGAGGACUCGGGUGAAAUCAAUUCAGAGUGUGAUACGAAUGUGGAGAGUACCAAUGCUGCCCGCAUCCUAUCCCGAUACAUAGGCAUGGUUUGCGAGCACACCGAGUCGAUUCUUGCCAGUGCCUGCGACUUCGCCAGGGAAAACCGGAAGUGCUUCAGCCGCUGCGUCUCCAUCGUGGAGUCUUCCUUGGCCGGACAUCUGCUGCCAGAACUCGUCAGUGCACUGUGCCUUGUGCAGAACUUUGCACCGUCACGGGCCCUGUGUCCCACAGUCCUCAAGACUCUGCUGCGUUCACUGGACACUCUAAACUCACUAGCCCCAGGCAUGGUUGCCGAUGAGUGCACCGAUCUCUCGUGGCCAAGGCGAGGAGAUACAAGCAAGGGAGCGGAGGUACAGAGCGGAGCGGCCACACCAACACCAGGCCCCGCGGUGCAAGAAGAGAGUGGAGCUAGUUGGACGACCAGUACUGAUGCUAGCAGUGCCAGUGGUGUCAGCACUGAUUUCGAGCAGACAAUCAUCAGACAGGAAGACCUGGAGAACAACAACAAGGAUGGCGGGUCGUGGCUUCGCUUUGGCUUGACCGUGUAUAACCUCAACGCUUUGUCUUCCCACGUUGUCAUGGAGCCGUCUUUGGGUUUGCGACUAAGAACACUCGCAGAGGUUUGUUCCGAUGCAAAGGAAGUGUUGAGUGUGGAGGAGUACGAGCUGUGCAAGUCACUCUUGGCCGGCUCUGAAGUGGGAAUAUUCCAAACAGAUAAUCGUGAUGAGGAGCUGGAGACCUGCAAUGUGGCGUCUGUGAUGGUUGAAGUGGAACGCAACGUUGCUCUGCUGUUGGGAAUGCACGCGUUCGGUCUUGUGCGGGGACGGCCGCUUAGCAAAGAAGAGCAGAACACCUGCUCGUUUUUCGCAUCCGAGGUCGUGCAAGUGGGACUCAUGUCUUAUCAUCACGUCCGCGAGAUUGUUCGGACGCCAGAAAGCGAACUGCUCGCUUGGUAUCGGGCAUACCUGCGCCGCAAGUCGGGCCUCAGCAUGGGAGACCAGUUUGCGUUCAACAUCGCCGAGGGCCAUGCUAGCACCGACUCACUGGCCCUGGCCUUACAGGACUGCGUAGCCAGGUAUAGUCGAGAUUCGAAUCUUUGUCUUCCGCUUCAGUCGCGAGAUCACCCGAUUCACGAGGUCGGCUCUGUUCUCCUGGCCUGUAUGCUGAAGCACUCUGGCAUGGUGCCGCUGGCCGUGGCGCUAGCACAGAAAGCAUCGGAUGCGCCGUCCACCGGUGCAUCGCUUACUUUGCCGUCGGCGCUCGAGGCAGUGGUGCAGGCUGUGCAUCGAGUCAAGACCUUUCUCAUCAUGGCUCACCAGACCUCGCGGCAAUCGUAUCAAGAGCUGUGCAAGCCCAUCUUGCUGCGCAGCCUGUUCCUGCUCACCCAGUUCCAGCCGCUGUCGCAGGGCGCCGUGAGCAGUGGCAUAGCACAGCGCCACUCGCAGUCCGCCCUGUCGCGUUGGAGAAGCAUUGUGCACCGUGUACUGGCGCUGAAGCGAGCCUCACCCAGCGCCUUCGCUCCUUCCAGUGGUCCUCAGGGCUGCACAUCAGGUGCCAGUAGUGACAGCGAUGGUGCAUCCAAGGACGACCAGUUGGAGCCAUCUUUGCGCCAGGAACGACAACACGUUGAGGCCGAGACCACCGGAGAUGACACCGUCGGCGAUAAUCCCACCGAAUUUGUACCAGCACAGUCCAGUCCUGCCGCCUCGCCCUCCACCUCAUCACCAUCGUUACCAUCAGUAUCAUCAUCAUCAGUAUCAUCACCCGUAGCGACCGGGUCAGUGGCGUCAUCAUCAUCUUCAUCGUCCAAAGAGAGUGCACCGUCCAUCGUCCUGAUUCCCCCAGAUGCGGCCGUCAGUGCCAGUCUUGAUGGCCGAGUCAACUCUGCCAAGCUCGCUUCCCAACUGCAGGAAAUCACUAAAUUUGUGCAAGCUAAUGCCGAGAUGGCGUUAUCAGAUGUUUACGCGGCGCUCAUCCAACAGCUGGACCGGGCCCGCAGUCGACUGGACGGGGCCAGACUCGUGUAUGAGCUGCUUCAAAUGGAUGGCAUGCUUCCGUCAGUGCAGCAUUCCUUGCUGUGCGGAUACCAAGGAUUAGUGCCACAUGAGAACUACCUUCAACCUGCCAUGGAGAGCUUCAUGGACGGCCUGGCGGCUGUGCCGUACUGUGACCGUGUGCGCCUGGACCUGGAACUCGGCAAGGUGGCCAGCUGGGCCGUGACAUCGUUGCAGUCCUGCGCCCGCAAGUACUGCAACCAAGGCGCCACGUUUAGCGAGGCGCUGGCCAAUGCACGCCAGAAUUCACCCCAGUACAUGGACUACGUGUCGACCACGCGCCUGGUUUCGUCGGCAAUGACCAUGCUCGUGCGAGUGCACUCGUGCUCGGAGACGGCUCGCCUGCUCAAUGCCGGGGCUCUGGCGCUGGGGGAGACACUGCUGCGCCUGAGCAGUACCCACGCUGAUGUCGAUAGCGACGUGGUGCACAGGAAAUCCCAGCAGGAGCGCGCUGCGACAGAGCGCUUGUCGAUCGUGGAAGAGGACGGUCCCCUGGACGCUAUCGGCAUUGAGCUGACUGGCCUGGACAUGGCCAUGGCGAUGAAAGUGGGCACGCGCGUAGUGCGUGGGCAGGACUGGAAGUGGGCGAACCAGGAUGGCAACCCGCCUGGUGAGGGCUGCGCGGUGGCCGAUAUCACCUCUGACGGCUGGGUGCGUAUUCUGUGGGAUAGCGGUGUCACCAACUCGUACCGCAUGGGCCGGCACGGUUACUAUGACCUGGCGCUGGCGCCGUGUGAAAUGAGAAAGCUGCGACAGCAGCACGAGACGCAGCAACAGCAGCAGGCUGCACAGACCAGCACAGUCGGUGUUGUUGAGGAUAGCACUCUCCUGCAAGGAGCCAAUACCGCGCUGGGUAUCCUGCAGCAUGCUGGCGUCUGCCUGCUGCAGACCUUGUCAAUGUCGGCCGGAACACAUGCCGACUCGCUGCCGUCGCAUGCUGUGCGCAUGGUCUGCGGUCUUCUGCAGAAUGUCGUGCAUAAGACGGAGCUCGGUCGAAGUGCAUCGUUUGCCCCCUGCGUCGGCUGGGCAUCUCUUGGGUUUGUGCGCGCCAUUGCCUCAUCCACGCACAUGCGCUCCGUACUGAGUGCCAAGCGAUGGACAGAUGUACUGGUACAGCUGGUUGCCAAUGGUUUGAACUCGGAUAGUCCUGAUGCCUCUGCCGAUGAACUCCUCUCAGAUCUCAAGAGUCAGGUUCUCGCGCUACGCUUUCUUCGUUCCGUUCUGCCCUGGGACCAUCCUGACCGAAGUGAUGCAGUGCGCUCGGACGUGCUCCGGCAGUUGUUUGACUUGCUGGGACUCGCCAUUACUGCUCAGAGACCUCUUAGGGCAGGUGUUGGUCAAGAAUCAGUGGGAUCGUUGUCUGCGUCGUACCACAGCACAUUGGCGGAGGAACUGGUGUGUUUGCUGCGCUGCCUGCACUACUCACCAUCGUGGCAGGGACUGGUCAACGACUUCAUCCUGAAACACCUCAAUGCGCUGGCUGAUCGCGAUGUGACUUCAUUAAGCGUGAGAUCUGUUGCCUUUGUCAUGCCUCUACUGGCGGUACUGGCAGUCAUCGGUGGAGUCGAUGCUCGGCUACGCAUUGGCGGACGAGUGAGGCACUCUACCCUCGGCACAGGCACGGUCUCCAGCAUCUGCGCCAACAAUCGGCUGUCCGUGCAUUUCGACGAGCACCAGUUGCCGCGCCUGUGCCCAGCCCAGCAUCUCAAGUCGGUUGACUGCAUAGCCAGCAGUGCUUACUUGAUUCCGCUGACGCAUCACUCAAUCGGGCUGUGGGCACGUUUGCUGCAACUAUCCCUGAGCACCGACUACCCAUCCUCUGCUGCAGCAUCUGCAGAGCCAGUUGAACCGUGUCUCAAGGGGGAGCUGAUUUGUCAUCAGCUGCGCCUCGGCCUACUCAAAACGGUGCUGGUCAUACUACAACAACCUAACUUGUUGCGUGCCGUACUGGCAUCAUCCGUCAAGGGUGACAUCAACCUCGCGCAGCACGUGCUGACGACCGCGGUGCUCUGCAACCCCGUCAAGCCCUGCUUCGAAUUCGCCGACCUCGAGGUUGCAAUGCUGUCCGUGUGUCAGAUUCUCUCAUCUGGCAUUAGCAUACCACCGCCGGCUCCGAGUCCGGCGGCGGUGGAACCUCGGGUCCCGCUUGAUGAACCACAGCCGCAGAAACAGGCCCCCGAGAAACGGAAGCUCCGAGAGUCCACUUCAGCACCCGCCGGCAGUGGCAGCAGAAGUAUGCGCCAUUCUCGUGCUCGUAUUUCCCCCUCGGUAUCGUCGAAUACACCACCCGCACCAGUUCAGCGGCUCAUGGAGAUGGGUUUCUCUCGACGAGCCAUUGACCGAACAUUCCGCGGCAUGUCUCUCGAUCCAAACUCAUCCAAUGUGAACAUGGAUCUGGUUGUGCAGCGUAUUUUGGACUCUUCGGACGCCAUGGCUGACUUGCCGUCGACGACGGCUACUAACGAGAUGGCAGAGGAGUCCGAGAGAGACUUGUCUGCAGUGCUCGAGGAUAGCGAGGAUUCCGUCGGUGAAGAUUUGGACGUGGAGGGCAUUGUAGAAGCUCUUAUGGACCCUUCACCAUUGAAGGAGACUGACAGUGUCAACUCGAUGUUCAAAUCCCUGGGUCGGAGCUGGUGGGAGAAGUUAUCGGUGGACAGCCAUCGGCUGCGCCGCCAGGAAGACUUUAACUCUACUCAGGGGUAUAUUGGCUUUUUGAGAGCGGCCCUGAGUGUCGGCAGCUGGGUGUGCUGCCGCUCUGUUUCCGGGAUGGUUGACGGCUCGGUGGGACAACUAGAAGGGCAAGGUGACGGUGGUGAAGUGGUGGUAGGCGAGAAAGUCAGGGUGAAGUUUAUGAUGGAGGGACUUGCGCGCAGAGGCACCCAGAAAAAGUUGGUCAACAUCCGUGCACUGGAGCUUGUGCACAAUCCGUUAGACAGACAUUACCGUGUUAAGGUGUGUGACCCUGUGCGGGUGCGAUCUUGGAUCCACAUGGACUCCCGGGCGUGGGGGAACAUUACUCACAAGAGCCGUGGUAAGUUGAUGAAGCUGCCCUCGGACGGAUCGUCACAGUGCAUCGUGAGCUUUGAUGAUCAACCCGGCCGCUACUGCUGUAUUUACGACCUGGAGAAGGCCCCUGCCAUCCAUCUGACGUUCAGUUGUGACCGUUGCGAGAUGUCGCCCAUCAUCGGCCCUCGCUUCAGUCGCAAGCACACUGACUUUAACCUGUGCAAGCCCUGCUUCUGGGCAUCGAAGAACCCGCUGCGCGUGUCCGAGUUCUUUGCGCACGCGGACCCUGGCAAGGAGCAGGGGCGCUGCGUGGCCUUGAUGGUGCGCAGGUACAUGCUCGGCCACCCCAAAGUGGGGAAACUGCUGAUAGCGGACUUCAACCGCUGCGUGGAGAAGGUACAAGUGUCUUCCAACACUAGCUCUAUGUCCAACCUGUACGACGAUAAUCCCCUAACAUUCUGGGUCGGAGCGAAGGACACAAGGAAGCAUUGGAUUGAUCUGGAGCUCAAACAUGGCACUUCACUCAAGAUGGUCACGAUGACAGUGAACAACACUAGCACCAAUAGGCCACGCACAGCCAUUGUCUGCACCGGCUUCAGUGCCGGCCUGCUGACCGAGGAGAUCGGGAGAGUGGAUUUUGCAAAGGAACUUGCCCACACCAGGCCGGGUGACCUGCAGGAGGUCGUCUUGUUUGAUUCAACUGAAAAGUGUAACCGCUUUCUGCGCAUCACACUAGAGUGCAACAACGAGUGUCGUAUCACCGGUAUAGAGCUACUCUGCCAUCCGUAUCAACAAGAGAACGAGUUAGUGUUCGACUUCCGUGCUCCUCUGGGCGGAUUGCAGGCGAAAUCUUCCGAUCCACUAGUAGAUCAUGUGACCAAGUUGAAUCUGAAGGAGCCUUGUCAUCGUGAAGUUUUUGUGUGGGGUCUGAAUGACAAGGAUCAGCUUGGCGGUGUUCAAGGAUCAAAGGUGAAAGUUCCUACCAAGUGCCAGACGUUGUCUUCUAUCGACGUCACACAGUUCUCCGGUGGAUCAAAGUGCCUCCUGAUUCUGACAAGCGGUGGCCGUGUGGUGGCAUGCGGUGAGAGCCAGCAUGGCCGACUUGGCAUCGGAGCGGUCACGGCGGAACGCACCAUCGUGUACCCUCCGCAGCCCGUGGCCGGCCUGCCAGUCAGCGCCGUGGUGAGCAAAGUGGACAUCCACUCUGGCGGCCGCCACGCGCUGGCAAUGACGACGGACGGCGCCGUGUACUCGUGGGGAGAAGGCGAUGACGGCAAGCUAGGCCAUGGAGAUAGGGAAACCCGUUGCAGUGCCAAGCAGAUCGAGGCGCUAAAAAGCAAGCGCGUCGUGGGCAUCUCGGCGGGUAGCUCGCACAGCGCCUGCAUCCUGGACAACGGGGAUCUGUAUACCUGGGGCAUGGGUGACUACGGACGGCUCGGCCACGGUUCGAAUGACACCAUUUCCGUGCCAAACAAGGUUGGGGCGCUGGACGGGUUGCGUGUGGUGGACGUAGCGUGUGGCAGCCGUGAUGCCCAGACCGUGUGCUGCACCGAGUCGGGAGCAAUAUACGCCUGGGGUGACGGCGACUUUGGUAAACUUGGCUUGGGCGGCAGCGAGCAUUGCAGCCGCCCAAUGCUCAUCGAGGGUCUGCAAAACGAGAAGAUUGUCAAGGUGUACUGCGGAGCUCAGUUUUCCGCAGCACUGUCCAGUGAGGGUGGCGUGUGGACUUGGGGCAAGUUCGACUUCGGUCGCCUCGGUCUGCCAGUGCAGAGUCAUGUACGCAAGCCGGUCAAGGUCAAAGGUGGACUUGUCGGCAAGAAGGUAGUCCAGCUGGCUGUUGGAGCACUUCAUGUCUUGGCACUGACGGAUGAUGGCCGGGUGUACACGUGGGGUGACAACGAUCAUGGGCAGCAAGGCAAUCGCCAGGUGGACAUGUACGACGAGCCGCGGCUGGUUGAGGAGACGUCGAGCCUGAAGGUGAUCGGCAUAGCGUGCGGCUCGUCGCACUGCAUUGCCUUUGCCGAGGCACCUCCGCCGGUCAUGUCUCGCUUGGCGGGUAAGAGUGAGGAGGCCGUCAAUCGCUUCUCUCCCGUCGUCUUUGUAACCAACAACAACCCACUAGGCCUUGAGACCAGCGGUGAGGACACCGCAGAGAAGUCCGAGACGCCGGUCCGUCGACUGCGUGCCCUCCUUGAACGUAACCUGCUGAGCCAGCCGGCCGGCGAGCAGCAGAUGCAGGCAUUGAAGGACAUUGCUCUGGGCCUGCAGAUCAUGACUGCCCGCCAUUGCAUGAUAGCAGCAUUGUCCAAAGUGGAGGCCGCGCCGAACGCAGCCAUGCCAGUGUCGGCAGCCACCUCCCGCUCAUCAUCUCCAGCCCACAACUCGCAGCAGUUGAUGGAGCGGUUCAGCUCCGCUAUGGUGGCUGCUGGUCAGCGAAAUCUUCUCUCUCCCACUCAUCAUGCUGAGCUGCUGUCGGCUGGUGACAUGGACACGUUUGUUGCACGGCUUGUGCCCGACUGCUUGCCGCAGCUGGUCAGCCUUCUCAAGCUGGCCGUGGGACAUCGCUGUGCCACGGAUGAUGUGGAAGCGCUAGCCUCAAUGCUGGAGGCACUGGUGGAGAGCGAUGAAACAGUCGGCGAGAGUCUCCUGAGUGUGUGCGUCGGGGAGUUGGAAGGCGCGGUGGCCAAUCCUCGCUUCCUGGAGCAGUACCACCAGCCAGCGCCCACCAUGCAGGAAUCACCACACCCGUAUCCUCACAAUGCUAACCUGACUGGAAAGGUUCGCAUCCCGGGUGCCAAAGCACUGCGCAUUGAGUUUGAUCCGCAGUGCCGCACUGAAGACGGCCACGAUCGCCUGACCAUCACGGACGCGCUGGGCAGUGUGGUGUCCACUCGCUCCGGCCACGAGGGCACCAUGUGGACAGCGCCGCUCGUCGUGCAGGGGUGCGAGCUCUCCUGGAAAUUCUGCAGCGACGGCACGAUCAACGCCUGGGGCUUUCGCUUCACGGCGCAUGCCGUCAUGCCGGGCACGUCGCCACAGGAUGAGCUCGCCGACCAGCAAUUUCUGAAUCUGCCAUGCAUGCACAUGGUAGCACGCAUGCUGAGCAUGCACGUCCACACCCUGAGAAGGAUGAGUGUGGAGCUGCUACCGCCAAUCGGCGCCGUUCUACCUCGACUUGCGUCGGCGCUCGCCGCGUGCUGCAGCCUCCCGCUUCAGUCCCAGCAGCGCGUCUGGGCCGUGCAGUGGAUGCGGCGCAUCAUCCGCACGGUCAACGGCGGUGUGUACAAGGACUCGCCCGCUAAGGCCUCCAGGGUGCUGGAUGCCCUGCAUGUACAUUCGCAUUGUGCUUUGGGAUAUCUGGUGAAGAAGCUCCCUGACUUGCUGGAGAGGCAGAUGAGAUAUGAGGAGCAAAUUGUCAAGUCCGGAUCUCAACUGAGUCACACUCCAUUCCUCAAGGCCAUUGUUGCACUGUGCUGCGAUCUGAGCGUUGGCAUGAAGCUCAAGAUCGAGUCCAAUUCCCCAGUGGACACCUGGUUUCCACAGUUCUGCCUGACCUAUCACACAGCCAUGGCAUUACAGAAUCGCACAGCACUGCCGACAGCAUUCUGUGACCAGGUUCAUGAGCAGAUCAACCUGUCUACGCCGGUCAAUGAGAAGAUCAGUCUCGACUAUCAGGACAACUCCCUGUUUGAUCUUCAGCGCGAUGAACAGCUGCUGCUCUGGCUCAAACGGUGUCCGGAUGACUGGCAUCUCAAGUCCUGGUGGGGCAUCAAGAGCCAGGUGUGGGCGUGGGGCCACAACAAUCGUGGCCAGCUGACCAAUCUGAACGGAGACAAGGUCAAAGCACCUACAGCGUGUGAGAUCUUCGCUGACCUACGUCCAUGCAGUAUAGUCGGUGGAGACCAGUGCCUCCUUGUGCUUUCUGAUGAUGGCAAGGUGUACGCCAAUGGCAAUUCCAGUGCUGGACGCCUUGGACUGGGCUCUGUACCAGACACAGUCAUCGUACCGCGGCAUGUGGAGUCACUGAAGAACGUGCAGAUCAAGCAAGUUAGCAUGCACCCAGCUGGUUGCCAUGUACUAGCACUGUCCAAUGAUGGAGAGGUCUACUCAUGGGGUGAAGGCGUAUGUGGUAAACUCGGCCAUGGCAACAGAACGUCUUGUGAUCGCCCCAGGGUCAUCGAGAGUCUGCGCGGUAAUGAAGUCAACUUCGUCGCUGCCGGCGGGUCUCACAGCGCGUGCAUCCUGGCAGGCAGCGGCGACGUCAUGACGUGGGGCAAGGGCCGCUACGGGCGACUGGGCCACGGCACGUCCGACGACAUGCUAGUGCCGAAGAAGGUGGAGGCGCUGAGUGGCCACCGCUGCGUGUGCAUUGCGCUGGGCAGCGGAGACGCACAGUCCGUCUGUGUGGCUGUGUCGCCCGAAGGCAAGAAACAGGUCUGGUCGUGGGGCGAUGCCGACUAUGGCAAGCUUGGUCGGCCCGCCAGCAAUGGAAGUGGCUUGGUCCCGGGCCUGGUCGAAGACCUGAAUGAAAAAGACAUUGUGGACGUCCAGUGCGGCUCUCAGUUCACAAUUGCCCUGUCGGCGGCUGGUGAAGUUUACACCUGGGGAAAGGGUGAUUUCUAUCGCCUCGGCCACGGCUCCGACAGCCAUGUUCGUCGCCCACAGCUCAUUGCCGGCCUGCAAUUGACGAAAAUCACCGAAGUAGCCGUCGGCUCGCUGCACUGUGUAGCUCUGUCUGCUACUGGCGAGGUGUACGCCUGGGGUGACAAUGAUGAAGGGCAGCUUGGUGAUGGCUCUCUGAACGCGGCAUCCAAACCUAAGCUGGUGGUCACCAUUAAAGGCGAGCGCAUUGAUCAUGUGGCCUGUGGAUCUGCGCACACGCUAGUGUGGAGCACGAUGCGGCCCCCUGUCUCCAAGUGCCCGCUGCCCAGUACCAUACCGGUCGAGUAUCAACUGCUCAGCGACAUUGAGCCGGUCGUUCUGCGCAAUCGCCUCAUCCUGCUGCAGCACUUCACGGACAUCUUCUGCUCGUCUCUGCCACUGCUAAGCCUCUACCAUUCUGAGACUGACAAUGUUUCUGUGGUUGCUAACGGCAACAGAUCGGCGACGGCGGCCCACAGUGGCAGUGCUGGCAGCGGCGCAACGCCAUCUCUUGAUGAGUUGCUGGAUCGCUCCACCAACAAUUCCACUCCCAGCCAGAUGGAGCUGCUGUUGGCAAUUGACACCCUCCGGCGCCUCCUGGUCUCGACCAAGAAGGAGUCCAUCUUCAAGAAGGUUGUCCAGGCAACCAUGGAACGCAAUCGCUCGCAUGGUCGUGCAAUCGAUAUUAACAGGUUUCAGGUGAAAAAUGCCCGGGUGCGCACAGGCAAUAAGGCAGCUGCUGCUGCUGCCGCUGCUGCUAACUACACGGGCACCAUGUUCUGCCAGGUCGGCGAGAAAAUGCUGGGCGAGUCGAACGGCGAUCUGCGCCUGGCGCACCGCGUCUGGAAGGUGAAGUUCAGCGGCGAAGGCGCGGACGACUGUGGCGGUGCGUACAGCGAGAGCAUCAGCGAGAUGUGUGAGGAGCUGCAGACACCGGGUGUUCUGCCACUGCUGAUUCUCACGCCCAACGGCCUGAGCAACAACGGCGUCAACCGCGACUGCUUCAUUCUGAACCCGAGCCUGCUGAGCCAGCCUGCGGGCGGCCAGGCGCACCGCGAGAACUUCCGCUUCCUGGGCAUUCUCAUCGGCAUUGCUAUACGCACUGGAGCGCCCAUGAAUUUAUCUCUAGCGCCUCCGGUCUGGAAGCAGCUUGUUGGCAUGGCUCUGACGGUCAGCGACUUGGAGGAGAUUGACCGUGACUAUGUGCCAUCGCUGCUUCACCUGCGAUGGCUGGGUGCUGCAGGUCUUGACAAGUUGGAGAUGCCCUACAGCACGCCAAGUGCAAGUGGUACGGAGGUGCGCCUGUCAUCGGCGCAUGCGUCCGUGAACUCGGACAACGUCGAGGAGUACAUUCAGCGAGCGCUGCUCUACCGGCUGCACGAGUUUGAUGCCGCCGUGGAGGCAGUGCGCACUGGAAUGUCCCAGGUGAUUCCGGUGCCCAUGCUCUUUCUCUUCACUGGGCCCGAGCUGGAAAUGAUGACGUGUGGCUGCCCAGCUAUUGAACUCGAUCUCCUCAGGUCGGUCGUAUCCUAUAAGGGCACCACCGAGGACAGCGACCUUGUGCGCUGGUUCUGGGCCGCCAUGGAGGAGUUCAGCCAGCAGGAACGCUCGCUGUUCCUGCGCUUUGUCUGGGGACGCACGCGCCUGCCGCGCACGCUCGCCGACUUCCGCGGCCGUGAUUUUGUUUUCCAGGUGAUGGAUAACCAGAAGGUACGGCGAACUCCCGAUAACUUUCUCCCCGAAUCCUACACAUGCUUCUUCUUACUCAAGCUGCCUUGCUACACCAGCGGGGCAAUCCUUGCUGAGAAGCUGCGGUAUGCCAUCCACCACUGCAAGGCCAUCGACUUGGACGACUACGCACGCACAAUGGCCACCGAACCAGAAGACGAAUGGGAGGAUGAGUUCUGAUCACAAAGAAACCGUUUUGUUUCUGCUGUUGUCGUCUAUAACUACACAUUUGCUCAAAUUGCCACAUACGUUCGCAUUAUGCGACCUUCUACCCGUUUUGGAACAUGGGAAGUUCCGAACAGUCUUUGCCCGCCGCUUAUAAAAAAAGCUAACGUCAAAAAGUGACCCUGUGUAGCCCAUCAUAUUUAUUUGUGUGCCAUUUCAUCCCCGUGCCCACAGUCAUACAAUACAUCUUGCAUGCAUCUCAUGUCAUACGAACACCACCACACACACUCGGACUCAGACAUGCCCAUUUCAGCAACGAUGAUAGCGAACAGCUACGUUAGACAUAGCAACUCACACACACACACACACGCACACACAUCCAGGCAUUUUUGUUCAGUUUUUGUACUCCUCGCGGGUAUCAUGUUUUGUGUAGCUGGCCUUUCGUUCCCUUUGCCAUUCCAUAUUUUAUUUCUUUACUCCUUUACCUAUUGUAUCGUUUGCAGGUCUGCUGGUCAGCUACAUAUUCAACCGCUUUAUUUUAUCAGAGGACUUUGAAAGUUCCUUGUAGCAUGCAAUCAUUCCUGAUGUUUUGCUGUGUAUGUCUGUGCAUGUAACCUUUGGCCUAUUUCCAUCAUACUCAACUGUCUAUUGCAACCAUUCGGCCCACUACA